ACUCUCAUAUCCAAUCCCCAAUUUGCAAAAUCACAUUUUGAAAUUGCUGCUGCACCCACCCACCGACUUCUUGUUAAACCAACUCAUGGUGUUCCUCUAGAAUCCAUAGAAAUAGAGGCACCACUUCACGAUGAUCCUGCUCCAUUAUUGCCUCACUCAUCUUCGAAUAUUGGGUUCUUGCCGAGGGUUUAUCCUUUUAAGGUAUAUUGAGGAGGAGGAUGAUCUCAUUUUAUGGAAUCCAUCAACAGGUGCACGAAAAACAAUAUCGUGCUCUCCGGGUCGCAAAUUAUUUUAUGGCUUUGUGUAUGACACAUCAACUGAUGACUACUUGGUUAUUGUUGUUGUUACUAAUGAAGCUUGGACUACUUUGAAAGCUGACAUAGAGUUUUUCUCCUUGAAAACCAACUCAUGGAACAAAAUUAAGGGCAUUAACUUUCCAUAUUCAUGUAUUGGGCUGCCAGGGCAUGAAUUCAUAUCUGGGUUACUCUUGAAUGGAGCUCUUCAUUGGUUGACACUCUGUAAAGGAACUGGUACAGAUGUUGCUUCUGUGAUAAUUGCCUUUGAUUUGAUAGAAAGGAGUUUAUCAGAGAUUCCUCUGCCAAGUGAUUUUACCGCCGCCUCUCGGUCCAGAUCAGUAGUUGAUAUUUGUCAUUUUAUGGUAAUAGGAGGAUGUCUUGGUCUGUGUUGCCGUCGCCCAUUUUAUACCAUUUUAAGAAUUAGGAAUGCCUCAACCUAAUUGGUUGUUGUUCAAGAUUAGUGAGAUGUAAUCCCCAAGGACCAAAGAGAGCUUCUCCAGCACUUUCAUAUGCGGUGUCAAUCCACAAGUCCACUUUCAUUCCCUGAGUGACAAGAAUAGUUAAACAUGAAUCUUCUCCAAUGGGUUUUCCAGUAUUUCGCAGUGUAGAGUUGUUUAUUAUAUUGACCAUAGAUACAUUUUCCAGAAGUCGAGAUACAUUUUGAAUAAAUUACAAGUUCCGUCUAGCUUGGGUUUAAGUUGGUUUGUAACUUGAAUUGUUUUCAACUGAUUUGUUUUGCUUUAAUGGCUUGUAAUAUUGAUAAAUUAAGCGUAUGGUUUAUCUGUAUCAUCAAUUAGUUGGGUUUGUUUAUUUUGCUUGUAAGUGAUGAUUGUUAUCUCUUUCCCUAUGAUCUGAUCUAUCUACCUACUUCGGGGUUCUUUCGUCUUUUGCUUAAAACAUGCUGAAUGUACCUUUUUAUCUUUUUUCUUUUAUUUGAGUGGAAAAUUGUGCAUGUUCACUCUAUUAUUGAUUACCUUCAGUACUUCAAUAGUGUAAAUUGAAGAUUGGUUUGAUAUUUUGGUGAAGUGUAAGGUGCAUUGGUUUAGGUUGCAGAAAUCUGGAUUCCAAGCUUGUCUGGGUUGUGCUGGGAUUAUUUUGUUUGGAAACUCAGGAAAUUUUUUGUGCCCGUAGGAGCUCACGUUGCAUCAAACAUGAAAAGGAAAGUGCUCUUUUCAAAAGAUACAGUGUCAUACACUGUAUUAUGGCAUAUGGGAUAGUGGAGUGGUCAGUUGUUGCUAUAUAUGGUUAAAAAAACAUGGAUUUAUUUGGGUUGAUAUUUUCAGUGAUGUAAUUCUCAACU